CGGACUCUUUUCAAGGAGUUUUAAUACAUCUUUUAAGUGUGUCCAUAUUAAACAGUAAAUAAUGUCUAAGGUUUGCUGAAAACAUAACAUUACAUAACGCAGGCACACAUUGAGAGAUCACAGUUAAAGAUUUACUCCAGUUAAAGUUUGCCAAGGUUACUUAAGGCUUGACAUUGUUUUGUUGUGCAGGUUGCAUUUUUGACAAAACUUGUAUCUUACUAACAUAUCUUACCCCAUGCAUAAGCUGUGAUAUUUUGUUUCAACUGUUGUGUAAUAUAUUUCCCCCUUAAAGUACUAUCAAGCUUAAAGGUUCGUGUAAAGGGCUUCAAUAAGUGAGUUACCUUUGUAGUAAUAUGCUAAUUACAAUGUGUAAUGUGUAAGUGAAUCUGCAAAGCCUCUAUGUUGGUUUUAAUCUCAGGUGGCAGUAUAAUCAAGUGUGUGCACCUUUUGAUAAAACAUCAACAGGCUGGUCAUCCCAUCAUGGUUGGUCAGUCAAUGCACACGUACAAUCUCAAACAAAAGUUAACACACACUCCUCAGCUGCCAGGUGACACUGACUAACGAAGACUCCAAACAGAUCAAGGACAUGUCCCUCCUCACGCACGUCUUAGCCUGCCUGUUUGGAAUGGGCUCCUGGGUGACCAUUUGUGGGCUUUGGGUUGAGCUGCCCCUCAUCGUCCCUCAGGUGCCUGAAGGCUGGUACCUUCCCUCCUAUCUCUCCAUCCUGACCCAGGUUGCUAACGUUGGUCCUCUGUUUGUCACCCUGAUGCACCGAUUCCGACCGGGAAAGCUCAAUGAAACCGCUGUGAUCUACUUCAUUGUCUGCUUUGGGACCCUUGCAAGUGUCCUCUUAGCUUUCUUGUGGAAGGAGACGGUUAUAGUUCAAGGAGUCGAACGCAGCAUUUAUCUCCUGAUCCUGACUUUCUUCAUCUCUACUGUGGACUGUACCUCAUCAGUGACUUUCCUACCAUUCAUGAUGCAGCUCAAGGCAGAGUAUCUCACCACCUAUUAUGUAGGUGAAGGUUUGAGUGGACUGGUCCCAGCUGUAGUGGCUCUGAUUCAAGGAGUAGGUGCCAUGCACUGUGUCAAUAGCUCCCAAAACUUCAAUCCCAAUGAAACAGUAAGUGGGUCUUUGGACUCAGCUAAUUACCUAAUACCACACUACUUACCUGCCAACUUCUCAGCUAAGGCUUUCUUUUUCUUCCUGGCAGCCAUGAUGUUCGUCUGCUUCGUAGCCUUCCUGCUUUUGAACAAGCUCCCAGUAGUGGCUCGAGAGCGCUCAAUCAGCCUCAAAUACCAAGGUGCUAUUAGAAUGUCGGACUUUGUGAGGGAAAAGAAAAAUUCUGAACAGAAGCCCAUGAUGAAGUCUCCAAAUGUUAUCAAGAAGUUCAGUGGGAUGUUUGGAAAGGGAAUCUACAGCUGGGCACAAAUUGUGUACAUUUUCAUCAUCCUGGCCUGGGUGAAUGCUCUGACCAACUCAGUGUUACUAUCGGUUCAGUCCUACUCAUGUCUGCCUUAUGGAAACCGUGCUUAUCAUUGGUCUGCUACUUUGGCCUCCUUAGCAAACCCAUUGGCAUGCUUCAUUGCCAUGUUCUAUGCUCAAAGGUCAUUGGUUCUGAUGGGGUUUCUGACUGCUUUUGGAUCUGUUAUUGGUGUUUAUAUCAUGGGCAUGGCAGUACUGAGUCCCUGCCCACUGCUGGUCAACCACAUUUCUGGAGCCAUUCUAAUAGUAAGUUGUGUGUUCCAUGAAGCAUACUUGAAAUUAACCUUCUUCGUUCUGCAAGCAAAUUCUAUUUUGUUUGUGGUGACCUGGGAAAAUCUACACCUACAAACUUUCCUGAGCUGAAAUGUGUUUCUUAUUUGCACCUAUCUCAAUCACAAAUUCUACCAUUUUAAAAUCUGGCUACCCCCAAAAGUGAAAAUUUACAUAAUUUAUAACAAUACUUACAAUCUACUAACAGAUUAACAUUCAUUUAAAAACUUUAAAGAAUUGCGUUUACUAUAGGAAUUCCACACUCCAUCUCAUCGCCUGAGAUUAUAGUC